AUGUAAUCUAUCCACCCGGCCACUAUCAAUCGAUCAGAGAGUGGAAGAUGGUGGUGAAUCGAGUCUGUGGAGCUAGAUCGAUCACCGAAAAACUCGAUAGAAGGAAUUCAACGGAUUGUGUUUAAAUAGUACAAAACAACACCAUAACAAGCGUUUGGAGCGGGGAAUUCAGCGAUCAUCAAGAGGAUGGACUUUCCCUGGCACAGUGGCAAGGUUUUGGAACAGCUCAACCACCAGCGCCAGCUGGGCCUGCUGUGUGACUGCACCUUCGUGGUGGACGGGCUGGACUUCAAGGCCCACAAGGCCGUGCUCGCUGCCUGCAGCUCCUACUUCCACACCCUCUUCCAGGACCAGAAGGAUGUGGUGCACCUGGACAUCAGCAAUGCAGCAGGACUGGGCCAAGUCCUUGAGUUCAUGUACACGGCCAAGCUGAGUCUGAGUUCUCAGAAUUUGGAAGAUGUGGUGGCAGUGGCCACGUUCCUUCAGAUGCAGGAGAUAGUCAAUGCCUGCUCUGCUUACCAGUCUCUGGCAGUCUCCACAACAUCCCAGUCAAUACAAGACUUAAAUGACAACAAGAUUGAGGAAGAAGAGCAGAACAUAGAGAAGGAGCCAUCAGACACAAGGUCACAUGAUGAGGAGAUGCUAAAAACAGCAGAUGACGGAGGGUCAAAGGGCAUUCAGGAGGACCCGAACGAGACCACCCCAGACGAUGGACAGAUCAACAGUAAGACCCCUGACAAACCCACCCCACAGACCCCGGGAAGAGGAAGACCCUCCAAAACCUCCAACUACGCCGCACCAACAAAAGCCGCAGCAGAGAGAGAGGAGAUGGAGGUUGAGAGCCCUACUAAAGAUGUGCCUGAGUUUCAAGAUGACCACUCGGAUGUGGACUACACUCCCAAGUUUCCAUUCAAGUCUGCAGCCGGUAUAGCUUACAUGAGUACCAGGAGAAAAAGGACAAGGAGAGCUCCUCGUCGCAACCACUCUCAGGAUAAUGACUCCGAUGAGGGGAACAGCGCAUCAAAGAUAGUAAAUGAAGAAAAAGAGGUUGAAGAGGGUGAGAUGGAGGAGGAUGAAGAAGAGGGAGGUGGUGAGGAGGAUGAAGAAGAAGAGGAGGAGGAUGAGGGAGAAGAUGGCCAGGGGACGGAGAGCGGAGAGGAGAGGAAGCAGCUACAGUCGGGUGCCGUCACCGACCGCACCGAGUCACGGUCCUACGGCUCUGUGACGCACAAGUGUGAGGACUGUGGAAAGAAGUUCACCCACACGGGUAACUUCAAAAGACACAUCCGCAUUCACACAGGAGAGAAACCUUUCAGCUGCCGUGACUGCCACAAGGCCUUCUCAGACCCGGCUGCCUGCAAGGCUCACGAGAAAACACACAGCCCCCUGAAACCCUACUGCUGCUCCUCGUGUGGGAAGAGCUACCGGCAGAUCAGCCUGCUCAACCUGCACCGGAAAAGGCACAUAGGCAAGGCCCGAUACAGCUGCAAGGACUGUGGCAAGCUCUUCACCACGUCUGGCAACCUGAAGCGCCACAUUCUGGUGCACAGCGGCGAGAAGCCGUAUCACUGCAACUACUGCGACCGGGCCUUCUCCGACCCCACCGCUAAGAUGCGCCACCUGGAGACCCACGACGCAGACAAGGGCCACAGCUGUCCGCACUGCGAUAAGCGGUUCAACCAGACUGGGAAUCUAAAGGCUCACCUGAAGAUCCACAUCACAGACGGCCCUCUGAAGUGCAAAGAGUGUGGCAAACAGUUCACCACUUCCGGGAACUUGAAGAGACACCUGCGCGUGCACAGUGGGGAGAAGCCCUAUAUCUGUAUGCACUGCCAGAGAGCUUUCGCUGACCCAGGGGCACUGCAGAGACACGAGCGCAUACACACAGGGGAGAAGCCGUGUCUGUGCCUGAUCUGUGGGAAGGGGUUCACCCAGGCCAGUUCACUCAUUGCUCAUGUCCGCCAGCACACCGGAGAGAAGCCCUAUGUCUGCGACCGCUGUGGCAAAAGGUUUGUCCAGUCCAGUCAGCUGGCCAAUCAUAUCCGUCACCAUGAUAACAUCCGGCCACACAAGUGUCACAACUGCAAAAAGGCGUUUGUCAACGUCGGGGACCUCUCCAAGCAUAUCAUCAUUCACACAGGAGAGAAGCCCUUCCUGUGUGACAAGUGCGGUCGCGGGUUCAAUCGUGUCGACAAUCUACGCUCCCACGUCAAGACUGUCCACCAGGGUAAGGCUGGGAUGAAGCGCCUGGUGGUUGCCGGGGGUGACAGUGACGAUGGGGGUGACGGGUUCCAUGGCGGGUCGGCCUCGGAGAUGGACGAAAGUGAGAUCAACAUAGUCACCGUCACCACCGAGGACAUCGCCACCCUAGCUGGCAGCACUGUCUCCCAGCUGACAGGUCAGAUGGAGCGCAUGCUGGUGGUGCCUGUGGCUGCAUCAGUGUCAGCAGAUGAGACGGAGGCUCUGAAAGCUGAGAUUGCGAAGGCUGUGGAGAAGGUGCAGGAAGCAGACCCCGACACUCAGAUCCUGUAUGCAUGCGACUCUUGCGGUGACAAGUUCCUGGACGCCAGCUCACUGGCCCAACAUGUGCGAAUCCACACGGCCCAGGCCUUGGUCAUGUUCCAAGCUGACUCUGACUUCUACCAUCAGUACACUGCAGCUGCCACCACCGUGGUGGAAGAUGUUACCACAACCUGGCAACCCAUUUCCGAGCAGGUCAUCCAGGGAGGGGAGCUCGUCUUCCACACCCGAGAGGCUGAGGGGGAUGAGGUGACUCAGGAGGAGGGAGGAGAGGUGGUGGCCCAAGUUGACCCCUUGCCAGAGGGGGGAGAUGAGGCUGUGACAGAAGGACAAGGAGAAGAGAUGGAGUGUGGAAUAUGUAGUGAUGUGGCACUCAAGAAUAAAAUGCAAAGCAGUCAAGAUCUUACUGGGGUCUGACAAUACCUCAUAUGAAGCUGCCUGUCAGUCUCUGGGACUAGAGUUUAUUUUAUCUUUAUUUUACUAGGCAAGUCAGUUUAGAACAAAUUCUUAUUUUCAAUGACUGCCUAGGAACAGUGGGUUAACUGCCUUGUUCAGGGGCAGAACAACAGAUUUGUACCUUGUCAGUUCGGGGAUUUGAUCUUGCAACCUUUCGGUUACUAGUCCAACGCUCUAACCACUAGGCUACGCUGCCGCCCGAGUCUCUAUAUCAUUGACAUGAACAUUUGUGUCCAAAGUUUGGGAAGAAACCAUUUGGCUUGUUUUUUGGACUUUGUAUAAAGUUAAAUUAUACAUAUAUAUAUAUAUAUAUAUAAAAAAAAGCAAAACGCAUUGCUAUAGGCAUAUGUGUUUUACCAUUACCUUGAAAAUAAAUAUGCAUUUAGAGUUAAAUAAGUUUGUUAUUUGGUGUGUUUUUUUUUAUUUUUAUGAGGCAUGUGGCCCACGAUGCACACUGAAAUUCUCAAUGUGGCAGCCCGGGGAAGAUUAUUGCCCACCUCCCCUGCUGUACAACAUUCAAACAUGGGACCAUUGAAUGCAGGGGUCGGCAACAGCAAUAGUUUUUGGCCCCCCAUAUUUAUUUUUUAUGCAAAAUGUCCCAAAAGUAAUGUCCCAAGAAGGAAGUUACCCCAUCUAAAUAAUGCAAAAGGUAUUUUAACUUCAAUUAUUGAAGAGAGGGCAGGAGACAGUCAAUAACUGCAGUAGUGAAUAACACAUGGUAAGGUUAAAAGAAAGCCAUCAUGUUUAUUUGUACAACGGUUCUUGGCCUACAUUUCACGAGUGCAUAAAAUGUUUUAUGUUGCAGAGGUGCCAGGCUAUGGGUGUAGUCUAUACUCUCGUAUAAUCUUUACUGCAAAAUUCAGACAAAUACAUCAGUCUACACCAUUUAGGAAGAAAAAGUAGUGACCAAGAUGUUUGAUUUUUUUAAUGAAUUAGACAUUAUUAGUAGUAUCUUUGGUAGAGCACGCAUGGCUUGCCUCACUCCGUCUGACAGUCAAACAGUGAGGUUUUGAGACUGUUCAUGAAAGUAACAUAACAAGUAAUAUAACGUUACUUUCUAUGCAAAGUAAUAUUGUAACAUAACAUUACUUUUGUUACAUGUUCUUGUAACUAAUCACAACACUGCCUAGGACUAAAUACCCUUUCAAAAAAACCAACAAACAUCUGAUAAAGAAACAAACUGCAAAUUAACUUUUACAUUAUUGGGGUAAUUGUGUGAAUAUUAAACAUUGUACAUAAUAUUGUCUUGAUUACAACUAGGGAAUCUGGAGGCACUGCAUUUCAGACAGGCAGAGGCACAGACUGACAGACAGGCAGACAGAGGGACAGACAGGCAGGCAGAAGGACAGACAGGCAGGCAGGCAAAGGGACAGAGACAGACAGGCAGACGAACAGACAGAGGCAGAAAGACAAGCAGACAGAGGGCCAGACAGACUACAACAUUUAUUGGUAGUCCCGCUCACAUGUGCUGUAAUUCUGUUCUUGACAUAAUACUUCACUGCCCGCCAGUCCCGCUCUCUGAGGGCUUGUUGCACUGCCUUGAUAGAUGCACGAGUCUGCAUUCCCUGGAGUAGCUCCAGAGUCCAUGAAUUUAAUAUAUGUUUCUUUCACUGUCCCUUUCUCCUCCUCACUCCACUUCCUCUUCUUAGAUCCUUGGGACAAGAAAACAACAAUAAAAAAAUAUUUGAGGCAUUUUUGCUGAGUCACCAUACAUCAUGCUGUGUUUGAAUUCUAUGCAUGUGCCUUUGCUGCUUAACUGAAGUCAUGUGUUAUGUUGCAUGCUGUUUACAAACUGGAUACAUUUUUUAACGUUUUUUUAAAACAUGUCAGUAAUUUAGUAAUUUCAGUCACUCUUAUACAAAGCGACUUAUUAUUUAGGGUUAAGUGCUCAAGGGCACAUCUACAGAUUUUUUUCACCUUGGAGAUUCGAACCAACAACCUUUUGAUUACUGGCUAACGCUCUAACCACUAGGCUACCUACCUCCCUUUAUUGUUCUGCGUCUCCUACUUCCACCCCAGUCUCCACCUGCUUUGGGUCUGCUCUAUCCCUAUGGGGAAUGUAGAUUAUUCCAUUCUCUACCUAUUUUUUCAUUUAAUUGUGAACUUUUAUGGUGUUUUUGUUGUAGGGAGUAUCCCAAAAGGAUCAGAGUCCAUACUAAAUAUAUUGCCAUUUAUAUUUGAUUCAAUAAAUUGUUAAAAUGG